AGUCAUUGAAACCACAAAUUAAAUUUUGGCCAAAAUAAAAUUUGAUCAAUACCUUUACUUACCGAAUUCCGAGUUGUUGUUGCACAAAUUUUCCGCUGUACGCACAGAUAGGCAUCGCAAAAUAUCAUUAGGCUACAAUUUAAACAAACUCGUCAAUAUCCCAGACGCACAAAUUCUGUGCUCUAGUAGAGUUUAGUCGGCCAGCAUUCAGUGUACUUGUGUUUUACUUUCGCCCAACAUGAAUUGGCAACGCGUUUUAGGCAUAACCAACGGCUUCUUGCUGCUCACUGGAUUUCAGCUGCACAGCUUUGAGGCCAAAACGCAACGAUAUCACAUAUCCCUGUGGGGUCUCGCAAAUUUCACCGCGCUAACACUAUUCUACGUCAUCUGCUUUAAUCAGCACUUCACGCACUCGGCACUGUUAAAGAUUUUCCACGAUGUGUCACCGUUUUUUUGGCAACUAAUACGCGCGCACCUCUUGCUGGGACUUAAGAUUUAUAUAUACCGAAUUUUUACUAUGCCCGCGGUGGGUCGUGCUUGCAAUGGCAUUUCAGCCGUUUGCACACGUGUGUUUCCGCAUAAAUUCAAAUUGGAGGAGGCGUUUGCUUACAUCUUGGUUUUCUCCACUUUUGCGAUCUCACUUUGUUUUGCUGUAUACAUUGCUUAUGAAAUGCAAUUUGAAUUGCCCCCUUGGGAUAAUAUUUUCGUAAGUUUUGGUCUAUUCAUUCCGCAUUUCGCUUUAGCCGGCGCUUUAAAGCUGUAUACAGUGAAUUGCUGGUUAUUGCGCGAGGAAUUGAGACAGUUGAAAGUGGGGCUGCAGGACAUGCUGAUGGAGCAAUUAACAACUGACAUCAAGACUGUAGAAAACAACAUUGAAAUGUCAACAAGUGUCAGCGCCACAAAUGCUUGUGUCAAAAUACCAACAAAUAAUAUGCAAAAGGAGUUGGCGCAAUACCUUAAAUUCUUUGAGCAGUUGGCUGCUGAAGUGGAGCUUGUGAGUGCUGCAUUAAGCAAAGAUAUGCUGCUGCUAUUGUUAAUGAAUAGCAUCAGUCUGCUGGCCGGUGUUUAUGCACUUGUGUACUUCCAAACAAGUUGGCACUUAUUGUUCUCUCCCCCGUGGAAGCGUAUUUUCUAUGCUUCUAAUAUUGCAAUUUAUGUUCUCAUCUUCUGGGAUUAUACUUGUUUGUGCACAAGUAUAUGGCUUCUCAACCAAGUGAAAAUCCAGAUACUUGAUGUUGUACAAGUUGCUAUAAAAUCAAAAGCGCAUUUUGAAAAGGCUGCUCGUGCUCUCCUGAAAGAUAUUCGCAGCGCAUUGGCCAUAGAGCUGCGGUUGACUUUGUUCGAACUGGUGGAAGUAAACGUGUGGAGUUUAAUAAUGGUACACGUAAUCGUAGGCAUAAUAAUUUCCCUAGUCGUUGUUUAUCAGUACUUGAAUGAUCAAAUUAUUUCAAUACAUGCUCAGCUGGAUACUGCUGACAGCGAUGAUUAGAAUUAAGACAAACAUAUUAAAAACCUUCAGUGUACCCAUAUAUACUAUAUA